CAUAAAAUAAAAAUUGAUUGAAUAUUUUCUUUCAUUUCUAUUCUCACUGCGAGUCUGUGACAGAGCCUUUUUAUCCACACUUGAAUUUAUCUAAACGGCCCUUCCCUUAUCUUGUUUGCGCGGUUACAUACCCAUCAUACCCCAUCAUCAUAGCUCCCCAAAUCUGGAGAGCACUUAAGUACUUGCUAGCUCGACUUUCUCCGACAAAACUCAAUUUUAAAACUUGCCAGCCUCAUAGAAUCUGUCAAAACCAAUAUUUGCGAGAAUGGCUAAUGUAAAUGAACUGGCAACUACUUCAAUCAUGGAGGCUCAACCACCAAAGGGAAUACCAAAUGAUGGAACUGGUAAGUGAAAACGUUUCCCCAGAUUAGCCUCAGGACUGACCAACGUAGGUGUUAUCCAGCUUGAUCCAUGGCUCGAACCAUUCAGAGAUUCUCUGAAGCACCGAUAUUCCAAAGCACAGCAGUGGAUUAAAAAUAUCGACGAUACAGAAGGUGGCCUUGAGAAAUUCAGCAGGGUUCGUGAAGCUUCCAUAGAUUCCUUGGAUCAUAGCUAAUCAUACCAGGGCACCGAGAAGUUUGGAUUCAACGUCGAUAAGAAUAACAACAUUACAUAUAGAGAAUGGGCGCCGAGUGCCAGUCAAGCAUUCUUGAUUGGUGAAUUCAGUAUCUCUCCCCAUCUGUCAUAACUCUCAGGGAAUUGUGCAUUAACAUUAUCUAGAUGAUUGGAACCGCGAGUCUUAUCCUAUGAAAAAGGACCCAUUCGGAGUUUUCGAAAUUGUUUUACCAGCAAAGAAUGGUAAACCAGCCAUCGCACAUAAUUCCAAGAUCAAGGUAAGGUGUCCUGGCGAUAGCUGAGUUAUUACCCCUCACUAACCCCACCAGAUCUCUAUGAUUACACCCAGCGGCGAACGAGUUGAGCGACUUCCUGCGUGGAUCAAAUAUGUCACACAAGAUCUCUCCGUCUCGCCAGUUUACGACGCUCGGUUUUGGAAUCCACCUGCAUCCGAACGAUAUGUCUUUAAACAUCCCAGACCAAAGAAGCCAGAAAGUGUUAGGGUAUAUGAGGCACACGUUGGAAUCUCAUCCCCGGAACUACGAGUUUCUACAUACAAGGAGUUCACCAAGAACAUGCUACCAAGGAUACAUCAUUUGGGUUACAAUGUUAUUCAGCUCAUGGCUAUCAUGGAGCAUGCAUAUUAUGCAAGUUUUGGUUACCAAAUCAACAGUUUCUUUGCUGCGAGCAGUCGAUAUGGUACACCGGAUGAGCUAAGAGAGCUUAUAGAUACCGCACACGGGCUUGGUAUCACGGUUCUACUUGAUGUAGUCCACAGUCAUGCUUCGAAGAAUGUGUUGGAUGGAUUGAAUGAGUUUGAUGGAACAGACAGCUGUUAUUUCCAUGAAGGCCCAAAAGGAAAGCAUGAGCUAUGGGAUAGUAGACUUUUCAAUUAUGGAUCUCACGAAGUCUUGAGAUUUUUGCUGAGUAAUUUACGAUUUUGGAUGGAUGAAUACAACUUUGACGGAUUCCGAUUUGACGGUGUUACGAGCAUGCUUUACACCCAUCAUGGUAUUGGGACGGGAUUUUCUGGAGGCUAUCAUGAGUACUUUGGUCCAGCUGUUGAUGAGGAUGGUGUUGUCUACCUCAUGCUUGCCAAUGAGAUGUUGCACCAACUUUACCCAGACUCAAUAUCUAUUGCAGAGGAUGUAUCUGGAAUGCCUGCCUUGUGCCUACCAUUAGCACUUGGCGGUGUAGGAUUUGAUUACAGACUCGCCAUGGCUAUUCCCGAUAUGUGGAUCAAAAUUCUUAAGGAGAAGAAAGACGAUGAAUGGGAUCUCGGAAACAUAUGCUUUACUUUGACAAACAGACGCCAUGGUGAGAAGACUAUUGCAUACUGUGAGAGUCACGAUCAAGCCUUGGUUGGAGAUAAGUCCAUCAUGAUGCACCUCUGUGACGCAGAGCUGUACACAAAUAUGUCAAGGCUCACAGAAUUCACGCCAAUCAUCGAGCGUGGAAUGGCAUUACACAAGAUGAUCCGCCUUUUGACUCAUGGCCUUGGAGGUGAAGGUUAUCUAAAUUUCGAGGGUAACGAAUUUGGUCAUCCGGAAUGGCUCGACUUCCCUAGACAAGGCAAUGACAACAGCUUCUGGUAUGCUCGACGUCAAUUUAACCUUCCAGAUGAUGACCUUCUUCGUUACAAGGCAUUGAACGAAUUUGAUGCUCACAUGCAACAUCUCGAGGCAAAGUAUGGAUGGUUACACAGUGACCAAGCUUACAUCAGUUUGAAGAAUGAGUCCGACAAGGUCAUUGUCUUUGAACGAGCUGGCUUGUUAUGGAUCUUCAAUUUCCACCCAACACAAAGUUUUGCAGAUUACAGAGUAGGUAUCGAACAGGAUGGUACUUACAGAGUUGUUCUCAACACUGAUACCAAGGAUGUCGGAGGCUUCGAAAGAAUCGAUGCUGGAACACGCUUCUUUACAACACCUUUUGCAUGGAACGAGAGGAAGAACUUUAUUCAAGUAUACAUUCCAACCCGCACAGCACUUGUAAGUUUCUCACUAAUCCGACUAAUACCUGAGACUAAUCAUACACAGGUGUUGGCACUCGAAUCUACGCUAUGAAAUUAGUAUGAAGAAUCGCUACUUUGAUAGGUAAAUGAGGGGAACAAAUGAGGGGUAAAAUCAAGAAAAUAUAACUGAAACAAUGGAUAGGGAGAAAUGUGAAGAGUUUGCUUUUCAGUAGUUCAAUACCUCUCAUGUUGAUAGAUUUAUUUUUGUAUGUGAGCUAUUGCAGCAUUGCAGCGAAGAGGAGAAAAAAUAGAUUUUUUACUGCCCCGCGCUCAACUAAAAUAUGCUGCUGAGGAAAUAAAAUGUCUUAUGUGUACUUACUCAUUCUUUAUAGUG